AUGAAUCUAUAUAAUCAAAUAAAUAAUGAUAAAUCAUAUACAUAUAAACUAUUACAACUACCAGAAGAAUUGUUGGAAAAUAUAGAAAAUGGAAACAUUGAUAAUCUUGAACUAAAAUCAAAUUAUGAAUCAGUUGUAAUUUGUAAUGCAGAUAAGAGUUGGAAAGUAAGACAAAUGAAUCAUUCAAACACGGUAUUAUUAAUGAACAAAACGGGAAAAAAUAAUCUUAUUGGUUUUCAAUCAGCCGCUUAUGAAUACGAAUUAAAUGACAACAAACCAACAAUAUCAAAAACAAUACCAGUAUAUAACAAUUCCAAUACUUCAAGUAUUUCAAUUACUGAAUUGAUCCAAGAUUCGUUAUGUUCACCCAAGGAAUUUGAAAGUUUGUUCUAUGAUAUGAAUGGUGUGUAUAUUGAUGGUUUUGCAUAUAUACUUUCAAAUUCAAUAAUUAGUGAAUUAUUAUACAUAUUAAUUACAAAACUAAUGUCAAAUCAACUUACAGUUUUUGAAAUACUGGAUAUAGAAGAUAUAAUCACCCCUCCAUUUAAAAAAUCAAUGCUAGAUACAAUACUUCACAAGUUUGCCAAAUCAGUGGAGAAUAGAUAUGAGUUGAUUGAUUCAAAUAUAUCAAAAUGGUUUGGAAUUGUUGAAUUAUCCAAAAAUAAUCAACCAGUAUUAAAGAAUGAAUUUUUACUAAAUUGGAAAAGUAGUCUACCGGCAUACUACUCACCCAGCCUAGAUUUAAAUGAUUUAAAAGGUUAUUAUUGCUCUUUUUUAACUACUCAUAUAUUAUAUAUUAAUCCAAUUGAUUUGAGUACUAAUUUGGCAAUUAGAUUUAAAGAAUUAUUUGCGUUUAAUAGGUCUUGGAAAUAUGAUGAAUUUGUUCCAUUUAUUAAUGAUUAUGUACCCGUUGGUAAAAAAGUCGAUAGUUUGAUAAUUAAAUAUGGUAAGAAAAAGAAAGUUGGGAAUGAAUUUAUAGUUUCUCCAGGGUAG